GCAUCUGAAUCGCGUUUCCUUUGUUGAGGGUUGACGAGACCUGAAUAAUUGUCCAGAAUUAACGUAUUUCGCCCAAUGUUCCUCAAUCAUGAAUUAUGUGAAAAUUUGCUGCGAUGCGGUUUGCUUUUUUGACUAUCAAUGAAACGCCUCAAUAUCCCUUCCGAAUGACAUAAUUUGAGAUUCUUGACUUUGAUUGGAUAAGAAUUUCUUGGAAAGAAGUUGCAAACUCAGUGCAUGAACUAAUUUUUUGGGUGUCUUUCCUCGUUUGGACCGUUAUCUCUUUCACGGCCAUGGAGUCCAUCGAUUACUACGAAGUGCUCGAAAUCACUGCAGAAGCUACAGAAACCGAUAUAAAAAAAGCAUAUCGCAAGCUAGCUCUGAAAUAUCAUCCAGAUAAAAACCCUUCGCCCGAAGCAGCCGAAAAGUUCAAACAAAUAAGCCAUGCUUAUGAGAUUUUAUCGGAUCCUCAAAAGCGACACAUAUACGAUACACAAGGCAGCGCUUCGACUGCUAACGACGAUUACUAUGGCUAUCAUGAUCCAUUUGCUGGAUUUAGAUUCCACUCACCAGAAGACAUCUUCUCACAAUUUUUCGGCGGACGCAAUCCGUUAGAUGAUAUGUUCUUCGGGGGCGGUUUCGGCGGUGGAAGUAUGUUUGCCCAUGAUCCAUUCUUCAACCAAGGUUGGAUGGGAGGCCGCUCAGGUUUCGGUGGACGGGACCCGUUUUCUUCUAUGGGAUUUCCACCGAUGAUGGGUGAUAUGUUUGGCGGAUCAUCUUUUAUGUCUUCCUCUUCGUUUGGCGGACCUGGAAUGAGUUCUCGAAGUGUCUCCACCACAACACGCAUAGUCAACGGUCGACCGGAAACAGUCACCGUGACCAAGAUCCAAGAUCCACACACGGGCACGAAAGUAAUUGAAGAUUAUGGCAACGGAAAUCAACGUGUUACUGUGAAUGGAGUAGAGCAAACACCGAUGUUGCAAGAUGGUCAAAGUUCAAGUCGGCAACCGGCCAUCGCCAACUCACAAUAUCCCUCCCGAUCAUUAUCAUCCAGGCAACCCCAGUCACCCCGUUACCAACAAAACCCAUACACCUUUUUUGGGCAAUAAAUCGUACGAAUAUUGAUCCCUUCCCUAAAUU